AUGCGGAGGAGCAGCCGCACGACGGAGGCGCCGCCGGCGACGCUCGCCGUGUCGCCGGCGUGGCUGCAGCAGACCGCCGACGCGAUUGCCGCGCGCAACGGGAUUCUGCUCACCGACUGCGUCACGAUGGCGGAGGAGGGCGCGGCGACGGAGCCGCCGAGCGCCGCGGCGCUCGCGAACAUCGAGGCGGCGGUGGAGGACCUCCGGCGCAGCCUCUUGGCGCGGGUGGAGGCGGCGCAGGCGGGGCCGCGCGGGUCCCGCGGCGAUCGCGCGGAAGACGUGAGGGAGCGGCUGCUUUACGUCGACGUCAUGGUGCGCGUCGCCGUCACGGUGGCGCUCGCCCGCGCCUACCGCUCGGAGCCGCAGAAGAAAAACGACGACGACGAGGACGGCGGCGGCGGCGGCCCCGAGAGGGCACCGCAGCGGUACCACGACACCCUCGCGCGUGGCAUGCUGCACGUGUUCGAGGCGUUUCAGGAGGUGCACUCGAUGCAGCGCGGCCACUACGCGCCGCGGCGCCGCGGCGGCAGCACCGUCGGCACCGUCGGCUGGGACACGCUGCUGCUGCUCCACUUCGUUCACCGCAUUCCGCGCGUCGCGCGCGACGCCAGCGAGCACGUCAUCGACGAGGCCACCGGCCAGAUCGUGCGGAGCUGGCGCAAGCUGCUGCAGUCGCUGCAGGCGGCGGACCCGCACGAGUCGCCGGAGCACUCCCGCCGCCGCGGCGCCCUUGCCGUCUGCAACGGCCUGCUGAGCAUCCUCUUCCACCGCUACAACACCCACCAGUGCCGCAUCCUCGUCAACUCGGUGGCGCAGUCGGAGCGGACCGCCGAGGCCACGCAGGACUGGGGCAAAUCCAUCCUGCGCCCAGCCCAGCACAUGACGGCGGAGGUGGUGAACUUCUGCUACUACAAGGGCCGCAUCAUGCUGUACGACCACCGCCUCGCCGACGCCUACGCGGCGCUGCGGGAGGCCUACUACCUCCUCCCGCCCCCCGGCGAGGGGACGGAGGCGCAGCAGCGCAACAAGCAGCGCGUCCGCUUCUACCUCACCGUCGCCGGCGUCCUGCACGGCCGCGUGGUGCCGGAGGAGAUCCUGCGGACGGACGACCUCAUCGCCUUCGUCUUCAUGCCCGUCCUCGCGGCGGUGCAGCGCGGCGACCCGGAGGCGUUCGCCGCCGCCGUCGACGCCUUCGGCACGCUGCUGCGCCGCCGCGGGGUCUUCUUCCUCUUGCAGCGCGCGAAGCUCUACUGCUUCCUCGCGCUGCUCGCCCGCACCCACGCCGCCCUCGGCGCCUGCGGCGUGGACAACAGCCGCGUCCCGCUGCCGGUCCUCACGGCGGCGUACGCCCACGUUGUGGAGGAGGGACGCGCCGCCGCCGCCGCCGCGCCGAAGCCGAAGCGGCCCAAACGCCACCGCGACGACGGCGACGCGCCCCGCACGCCGGCCGCCAUGACGGACGACGAGAUGACGUGGUGGACGGCGCGGCUCAUCGCCGCCGGCCUCGUGCGCGGGUACGUCUCGUACGAACACAAAACCAUCGUGCUCUCGCGGCAGGCCCCCUUCCCGACGCUGCAGACGCCGCCGUAA